UUGAUUGAAAAGCAACGUCGCUACGCUGGGAAUCUUGCCAAAAUUUCGGAAUAUUCAGCCUCCCUGCCGAGAUGAUGUGCGACACCACAAACAGAAGUUUUCGGACGCAGUUAGCCGCUAUCCUGGACAAGCUAACGAAGGCGGCUUUGGUUGAAAUAAGCAACCUGGCUGAUGAAUGCUCCUCCGUCCUUCACACCGAGAUGUCGCUGCACAAGACGGAGAAUGAGGCGCUGAAGAAGAAGUGUUAUUCGCUGGAGGUCCAGCUGAGAGCAGCGAGGGAGGCACAGACCUAUUCUGCCCAUGCCAACAGUGUCACCCGCCGACACCCUGCAGAACAGCAGCAGCCUGCUCCAGCUAUCGAAGGAGUUUUUGGAAAGGACUGGUGCAUGGAUCUGUGGAGAGAAGAGAAACUCCCAUCUCAUAGAAAAGACACAGUGGAGCCUGCAGCUAUGACAAGCAUGGGAGCACAGGCAAUUGAUUUAUUGGAGAGAGAACCUGAGCUCAUCUUUGUGAAGGAGGAGAUAUAUGAUGAUCAUCCCAUUGGUCAACAGAUGAGGCUCACAAACAACAGAAAAGUUGUUGGGAUUUUUGAGGAGGACAGCAUGCUUCAUAGAUCUGUUGAUGAGCUGCAGCUUCAUUCAGGGGAACUGAACAACUUCCCCAUGACUGCUGACAGUCAAACACAACUACGCACACAGCCAACAAUUAUGGACAAAUUAAUAGAUGACGCAACAAUGAGCAGUCUGGUUGACAACACAAAUCCUCCUUCAGCAACCGCCGAAUACUCUGACUAUACGACCAACAUCCACAUGAACGCAACCAAAGAAGUCACCAUCCAGCCAAAACCUGUGAAGCCGACAAAACGGUUUGAGUGCUUAUUCUGUGGGAAAAUAUUCAACUAUUUGAGCAGUUUAAAAGUCCACAUCAGGCGACACUCCGGCGAGAAGCCUUUCAGCUGCUCAGUUUGCGGAAAGAGGUUUGCACAGAAAACUUAUCUGAAACUGCACCAGCGCGUGCACUCUGGGGAGAAGCCUUACAGCUGUCCAGACUGUGGCAAAAGUUUUUCCCAGAAAAGCUCUCUGAAUAUACAUCUUCGAACACACACCGGUGAAAAGCCUUACAGCUGUGUGGAUUGUGGGAAAUGUUACGCGUACAAAUAUGGUUUAAAUCACCACCAGUGUUUCAACUGACUGAUCAAACCACAUGGUCACUGGAAAGAAGGCUAACUGAUCAGGGGCCUCAUUUAUAAAACAGACGUACUCUCAGAUUUGAUCUUAAGUAUGACUUAAGCAGAAAUGUAGUAGAAAACCCAACUUUCUCAACAAAAUCUGUCUGCUGGUCAUGUAAGGGUAUGGCAGGCUUUAUGAAUAAUGUGAUAUGAAUGAUUAAUUAAAGGUGUAAGGAAUUUGCAGAUCUACAGUUAUUUUUGGACAAACCUCAUCAAUUAAUGUUUUCAUAUUGAAUUCUUAAGCAACUCCCUUUUUGUGUAUGGUUUUUUAUUUUUUAUAUCAGCCACAGUUCUGUCUUUCUGUCCCACAUCAUUCACUGCAGCAGCGAGGUACACACAAGCUGCAUGUUUGGCUUUGUUUUUCAUCCCACUAUUUAGGUCACUGAAUUAUAUGCAUUACCUGACUUCAGUCUCCUUUAUUGCCAUGAUCUCAUCUUCCAAAAAGUUUGCUUUUCUCUUUUUGACUGUGGUUAUUCCUGACUAAACCCUAAGCUGUGCUGGCAUUAUGUAAGGGGAAGUUGUAGGGCAGGUGUCGUCAGAUCGCAGGCGCAAACGUUACAAACAUUUCAUGGUAUAAAUCUAAGAACAUGUUUAUAAAUGAGGCCCCAGAACUGCUGCUUCUAACAAAGUGCUCCCUGUAUUACUCAAAGUGGUUCAACAUGUGCCAAAAUGUCCAUACGAAACUCAAAUGUGGUUGAAAAAUGUACUUUUCAAAUACUCCAUCUAUAUAUCAAAGAAAAGCAAAGUUUAUAGCCCAUGUGGUUGACAUUGCUGCUGUGAAAUCUUAGUUUGUUUGGUGUUUUUUCCGUAUAAUUUGAAGAGAAAUGCUGCAGUAACCAAACAAGAGUACAGAGAAAAUCUGUCUUUUCUAGUGCACCAUUUCAGUGGGUGGAAUUGGGUUAAUUUGAUUGGCUUGUUGGCAAAUUUUUAAUGCCCUCAACAAGCCAUUAAAGCCAAUUUCACAUGAUGAUUUGUAGGUGUCAUACAUCCGAUUACAUAUAUUUGCAGCCUGUAUUUAAAGCAAGUUGGUCAUCCAAACUAUGACAAAGAUACUUCCAUUUCAUCCAUUGCAUGUUGUCAUACGGUUGUAACAUGUACAUACCUCAGUGUCAUAUUUCAGACCACAAAAGGCUUGUCAAAUAAUGCCAAAAUAAUGACUUUUCGACAAGUGUUUCAUUGUUUGCACACAUGUAGCAUAAAUCUUCCAAACUACCUCUUCAUAACAAAGUAGAAGUAAAAAAAAAUUACUCUUUUUGCUUCAUGGUGCCAGUCUCACUGCUGCUUAAUAUUUCCCAUGUGUCAUGCCUCAUUCUUGGCAUUUAACUAGACAGAAAGUGGGGACAUCCAUUUCUUCAAAAGACGUGUUGAUAUGUGUUGGUCACAUAAUAUUUAAAUGAGUGAGAAAUUGUUCAGGUCUAAAUGUUGUUAUUGUUCUAAAAUGUACUUGUAUGGGUGAUUAUAGAAGACAAGUUGUGUUGUCAGUGUGCAGUAAAGCCAAACUUGUUUUUUUUUUUUGCUAAAUGUCAACCAUUUUUGUUCAAGAAAUUAGAUAUUUUUUUAUUUUGUACUGAGCUGUCAGCACACCUAAACAGAGCAAUUAUUUGUACUUAUUUCGCGUGUAAUGUGGUUCCCCUGAACAGACCACACUGACCCAACUGAGUGAAUUAUCCCUGCCCAAGAAAGAGCUGUUGUGCUGUUGAUUUUUACCCCCCUUUCACACACACCUGCAUGUCCCUUAGAAAGCCCCAUCAGAUGUGCAUUGUUCAGAGUCAACAUUGAAUACGUGAAGACUCCACUGAUAAAGCUGAUUUUUAAAGUUCAAGGCAAGCGGAGUUUAGAUUAGACAAAGUCAUUCAUACUGAAGAGGGAGAGCUCUAUAAAAUAAACUUUUAAUGAACAAGUGCACAUUCAUGACUGUGUCAUAUUGUAAAGGGAGAAACAAUCACAAAUACAAAGGUACUAAUUGCUUGAAUAAAAACAACUGAUGGCAUGUCCCGAUAGCUCACCCGGUAGAGUGUACGAAGGCUGUGUCCUUAAUGCAGCAGCCUGUGUUUCAUUCCAUCCCAGAGGUCUUUGCUGCAUGUCAUCCCUAUUCUCUUCCCCCUUCCUUGUCUCUCUCUCCAGCUGCAAUAUCAAAUAAAGGCAAAAAUCUUUAAAAAAAAUAAAAUAAACACAACUGACGGAAA